AUGGCAGUCUGUGGUUGGUGCGCCGUGUACGCACGCAUCUGGACAGCGUCAGGCGACUCCUGGUGUACCCUGCACAAUGCUCUCCCGCUGUCAACCAUAAAAGCAAUCGUGGCAAGCGCGGCGCGGGGCUUUCUCACGAAGUCGAAGAGAGGCCGUCGCAUCUUCAGGAAGGUGGCGGGAGGCGUGUGCGGGCGCGCCAAAGAUCAGCUUGGGCCUGACGGCCUGCGCUGGACGAAGGCGGCCUGGGUAGGGGGCCUGCGCGCGGCCAUGGCUGGGCUUGAGGCGCUCGCGGGCACUCCUGAUGCAGGCCUGCAACAAGGCUUCAAGGAGGUCCUGACUUCGAUCGCGCAGGCCCACUUGGAGGGGUUGCAGCAGCAAGCCAGCGCUCCCUGCAGAGGUCACAGGACGUCCACAAGCCCAGCGCCUGCGAGCCCAGCGGCCGUGAGCCAGAGCCGGGCCCCAGCUGGUGGCACAUCCAGGAAAGCGAGGAAAGCGCGGGAGGAGCUUGCCAGCUACCUCUUUGGGGACAAGGUGCCACACGGCCUCCUCUGCGGAGAAUGCAGCAAUCCCGCGACCUUUGGGGUGCGCGGGGGCAAGGAAGGGGGCAACCUCAAGUGCUUCUGCGGACUGCAUCGCCCGUUCAAAAGCUGCUUCCAGAUUGAGACGGCACGGGCAGCAAAGCUACUGCUGAUCGGUGGAGUCGAGAGCAACCCCGGCUGGCCAGCGUCCAAGUCACAGUGGAACGAGGAUAAGGACUUACCUGUCCUUGAUGUCGGCCCUCGUCGUCAGCUUGUGAUCUUGCCCUCUCGAGAGGAUGUCGAACGGAGCUGGCGGCCCGCAUCUGCUCAGCACGCUGUUCAGCGUGAUAUUGAGGCGUUUGAGAAGUGGCGCAAGCAUGCGGAGCUCUACAAGCAGGUGGACGCCAGCCGUGCGGAUUCGGAGGGAGACAUUGCCGCACGAGCAUCUGACCACGUGGUCCCCGGGGCCAUCGAAAGGCUGGGGUCCACGGAAGGGAUGCCGAGUGCGGCUGAGGUUUUGCUUCAGAGAGAGCUCAGUCAUCAGGACAGGAUAGAAGACGGUCUUCUGACUGCCCUGGUGGAAGACAAUGGAGUGGAUGCAGAGGACCGGCGAUCUACUUCGAUGAGAGGGAUCGCGGGCAUUGCAGUCGAGAACGUGGUUUGCGGCACCACAACAGAGGAAAGCGGCGGCAACCAGCUGUCGGCGACAAGUGCGGCCAGCGCAUCCGGUUCCAUGCGGUCAAGAUCCGAAGAAGAGGGCGAGGACAUUGAGGGGGCGGAGUUUGAGAGCAUGGGCGAAUCUUCGGACGAGGAGACAUCCCAAGAUCGAGACAUGAUCGACGACAAAAGCCAGGACGAGGAGAACCUGGUUAUUGCCCGAGGCAGAAUGCGCGCGGCCCAGGAGUCCGACUCCGAGGUGGACGUUUCUCAGCUUCUGGGUCGGCGCUUCAAGCUGCGAGCGCCGGGACAGGCGACGAAAAUGAUCCAAGCCGCUUCCCCGCCCUCACGAUCGGAGUCCUCUGCCGAGUCCGGCUCUUCCGCGAGCCACGGGCGAUGCGCGGGGGCCCUGGCUGAUCGGCAGCUGGCGCCGACCGCAAUGGAAACGGAUUCCGAGUCGGACGAGCUUCCCGUGCGCCGUAAGCGCCUAGUUUCCGAUGGGGCAACCCGCUCUCCACAAACCAGGCGGCGCCGCUGGGUGCUGCUCUCAUCAUCGGAGUCCUCGGGUGAGAACGGCAACGUCUGGGCAAGGCAGAGCGAUGCUGCUGGGUUGGACGAGGAAGUGCAGCAGAGGGGGGGCAAUGAGCCCGUGCCUGGUGACAGUGCCAGCUCCGAUGAUCCGCCAGAGCUUGAAGACGAUGGCUCUCUGGACGAAGUGGACUUUGGGGAGGAGUUUACGAAUCUGUGCGUGAUCGUGCCGCGUCUGCGGCAAGCGACCAUUAGUCAGGAGCUCGCAGGGCGCGAUGGGUUUAUUGUGGGCGGAAAGAGCUCCCAGACGCCCGUCGGUACCAGGAUGCGGACCGGAGGCCCGUCCACUGUGGCAGGAGGCGAUGGUCGGGACGCGGCCCAGCAUGUGAGAGACACCCGCGUUGCAGAGCUCGCCGAGCCUCAGGCCGUGGACGCGGCUCCAAUCGUGCAAGUGGCUUCCUUCCGUCGGCUGUCGGAAGGGGAAGUUGCUGUCCACAGCGAGCACGACGGCAGGCUGCUGACGACGAGAACGAGGGUGCUGGGCACCUUCUUCUUCGCAAAGCGCAAGUUCACGAGGGAGCCCGUCGACUACCGAGAUUCGAAGGACGGGCCCCAAGGCUUCUGCAGGCGGUACGGAGAGGUCCUCGGCCACCGGGUGGAAGUCCGGCGCCUGUGCCCCUCCCGCGAGUUCGGUUCCUAUCCCGACUGGCCCACGGCAUACCCUAACCUGCGCGGGCAGCGCCACCUGGAGGAGGCGAUCAAGGCGGGGUGCCCAUGCAAGCCCUACCUUGACCUAGAGCGGGACGGGGGUUUGGCGGAAGGGGAGACGCUCGAGACGGUCAUCCAGGCCUUUGAAGCGGCCAUCAAGGACAUCUUCCGGGAGGACUACAACAUCGAGCUGCCCCCCAAUUCCUUCAACUGGCUCCCCUGUGACUACGGGCCCGGCGGCAAGUUCAGCUUGCACCUGGUGGUCUCGACCCACUCCCCCCAGUUCGUCUUCCACUCCAACCUGGCUGCACCCGCCGACCAUCAGGGCGCGGGGCACCUCGCCAAGGAGCUCGCCCGACGCCUGCCCCCGCGGUACGCCGAGCUCAUCGACCAGUCGGUGUACACCAGGAACCGGGGGAUCCGGCUCCCGUACUGUUCAAAGCUCGCAACCCCUCGCAGCCGCCUCAUCCCCUUGGACGAGAGCAAGCCAAACGCCGAUGCGUGCAUCACUUGGCUGGACGAACACGUCCAGAUCAAUCAAGUGCCGACCAGCCUGCCGGACGCUGUAGCCGAGCCCCGACGCCCCCGUACCAGGCCCGAGCACUUUCGGUACCAGAACGCCACGACAGCGAGCGCGUACACGGCCCAGAGGUGUACGGAGCUGGUCCAGACCCUGCAUCCGACAGCGUACCGCAGGGGCUCCUUGUCAGCGAGCUCUCUGAACUUUAGCUGGCACGACCGGAAUGAGCCGUGCUAUUCGGGCAACGUUCACGAGGGCUCGCGGGACAUCCUCGUCAUCGCCGAUCCCAAGCGUAACGCUGUCUUCGCCAAGUGUGAUAGCGCGCGCCUGGAUGCGGGGACGGGUUUGUGCUGCAAGGAGCUGCCGGCGCGGUACCUGGGCCCGUUCUACGCGGACGUCAAGACUUGGAAGGAUGGGGCGGUGGAGGUGAACAUGCGGUACCUGGAGCGGAAGCCGCUGGCUGCGGCGCCCAUGGACCUGCAGCUGAUUCGCGGCGGGUUCCGGGACCUGACGGACAUGGUCGUGUUCAAUGACGUUCUGAACAAGUGGCAGGCUGGCCGCUACAAGGCGGCGCUGAUCCGAAGCCCCAUGGACACCGCAAAGUCGACGACCACCCGGGCCAUCAUCCAAGAGCCCCCCCGACCAGAGACGGCCCUCGCGAUCACCUAUCGGCAAACACAAGCCAGCGAUGCAGCCGGGAAGAACCCUGAUUUCGCGCACUACGGCGAACUGAAAACGAAACGCGGGCGCGAGGUCGGGGAGCGCUUCAUCGAGCCUCUCGCCGACAGGGAGCUCUACCCGCGCGUCAUCUGCCAGGUCGACAGCCUUCCCAGGCUCCUCGGCGACCAGGCAUGCGCUCCGGCCUUUGACCUGGUCAUCCUCGACGAGAGCGAGUCAAUCCUCGCGCACCUCUCGGCCGACACCCUCUCGUAUAGGCAGGUCAUCAUCCGGCUGAUCGUCGAAUUGCUUCGACGCGUGCGUCGAGUCAUCUGCCUGGACGGGCAUCUGGGGCAGCGAACCUUUGACUUCAUGACGCUGCACGGGAUCCGCUGUUCCCCUAUGAUCAUCAACAAGCACGUGCCAGAGCGGCCUCUCCAGUUUGAGUUCCUUGAGGGGCGAGCAGGGCUCCAAAUAUGGGAAAGCGGAAUCUUUGAGGCGCUCGAGGCCGGCCAAAACGUCUUUGCAGUCAGCAUGUCGUCGGACAGGGCGCGGGACCUGGGCAGCGUGGUUGCAGAGCGGGGGCUUGUGGACGAGGGGCAGAUUCUCGUCAUCACGCGGCACUCUCACAGGGAGGUGAAGCGGGGCCUUGGAAACGUGAACGAGAGCUGGGCAAAGCGGCUCGUCAUUAUCAGUCCCACGGUGGAGGCAGGGGUGGACUUCAACCAGCCAUGGUUCCACCGGAUGUUCCUGUACAUUUGCAGGAAAAGCACGCACCCGCGGGGGCUCGACCAGAUGAAGGGGCGGGUCCGGCAGCUGGUCGACCCAAUGGUCCUGUGCUUUGUCGGGAAGGGCAUCAACUUGCCGACGACGGGGCCAGAGGGAAGCGCGUACAGGACGGUAAUGGGGAAGAAUGCUGGAAGGGUCCCGAGGCUGGGGGUCGAGGAAACGUACCAGUGGUUCCUUAACCGGGAUGAGAAGGUCGGAGCGGGGGUUUUCUGCGAGGGCGCAACCACCCGCCUGCUCGCGCACAACGAGAAGGAGCUAUUCAAUGGCCGGACGCACUUUUACGAGGAGUUCACGGAGCUGUUGGAGAGCGAUGGCCACGUCGUGAGGGGGGUGCGAGUCCUGGACCCGGCCGUUGGGGGUGAGCCGGGCAGGGGGGAACAAAGUCGGGGCAAGUUUACGCUCGAGCAAAUGAUCGCCGCCUCUGACAUCACGCCUGGUCAGUUCGCCGCCAUCGAGGGUCGGGUCCGCAGGAACGAAGACUACCCGGGGGAGAGGGUGCAACUGAAGAAGUACCAGCUGGCACACUUCUACCGCGUGCGGCAGUUGGACGCCAACUUUCUGCGGACAUUUGGCCCCUAUCCGAACCUUGCGGUCGAGUUCAUCUUGCAGGUCGUUGUACCUCGGUACGAGUCCGACAGUGAGGAGAUUGGGCGGCAAAGGUACGGCCCCCAAAAGGCCGAAAUUGCAAAGGAGUUGCUGCAGGUGAUGGGCUUUCCGCACCCCCUCGCCCACGAGCACGUCACCAGGCCCCUUGCAGAGUUGAGGGAGGAGCUGGCGGCCACCAGCUACUUCCGGGAUUACUCUGAAACCGUGAAGCUGUUCCAGGCACGCGCCCUCCCAAACCAGGAUGUCCUGGCAAAGCAAAAAUCGGCCACGAUCGCUCUGAACCACGUCUUUUCAGAGCUCGGGUUGCAGCUCGUGGCCAUGCAAAACAGCCGAUUGCCGCGGAACGCGCAGGGGCGAAGGGGUGCUCGUAUUUAUGGGGGGUGGAAAAUGCUGCGGAAGCCAAAGACACGGACACGGCCAGUCGAUGGGCCGGUAGGGGUAGAUCUCAUGGCCCAGCUCUUGAAGUUGCGACUCAAAGAUUCACCUGCUCUAAAGUCGCGAAUCGUUCCCGCAGCAUUGAGAGAGUACGUUGAUGGGGUUCACUUCAGGUGGCCGGCGAUGGUGAACCAGGAUGACGAGUGUCAAAUCGUAGUUAGGAUGCCUAGAUCGUAGUUGGAUAGACCACCUGAGAUGCUCUAAGAUAGAGGAUCGAGUGCACUUUGAAAUCACAUGCGAAUUGAAUCAUUGACGAUGCGGGCUUCUCAAUGUGCCCU